AAAAUCAGAGAAAUUUACAAUUUAGCUUGUUGCAUAUUCAGAUUUAGAGAAAAAAGAUACUGUUCAUGGAAGUGUAGUGGUGUAGUUUCUGUUUUGUAAGGAAGAAACUGUAAAGAGAAAGAGAAGGUCGAUAUCUGUGUAUUUUUGGUGAAAGAAGAAGAAGAAGAAUGGAAACUAGUGACAACAUUCAAGAAUUGAUUUUUCCUGAAAUCAUAACUGAUGGGAUAAGGAAAUCUUUAUAUCCUUGCAAUGUCUGUGGAAAGUAUUUUGCUCAGAAAGGUAACUUAACAACUCACAUGCGCAGUCACACAGGAGAGAAACCGUACCACUGUAAUAUCUGUGGUAAAUCAUUUUCUGGAAGCAGUAACUUUGCUAAGCACAGGCGUAUUCAUACAGGGGAGAAGCCGUAUCACUGCGACGUGUGCGGAAAAUCGUUCACCGAGAAAGGGGUCUUGAUUAAGCACCAGCGUAUUCACACGGGAGAGAAGCCAUAUAAAUGUAAUGUGUGCGGCAAAUCAUUCUCUCGAAAUGGUGAAGUCACUGUUCAUCAACGCAUUCAUACUGGAGAGAAACCUUAUCACUGCGAAGUUUGCAGUAAAUCGUUUGCGAGAAAUGGUGAAGUGAUUAUACACAGACGUAUUCAUACGUUAGAGAAACCAUACAAGUGUCAUGUCUGUGGUAAGGCAUUCUCUGAAACUGGGCAUUUAACUACACACAUACGCGUGCAUACUGGAGAGAAACCAUAUCACUGUGACAUCUGUGGUAAACGCUUCUCGCAUGGAAAUACCUUAGCGAUACACAGACGUAUUCAUUCAGGCGAGAAGCCGUUUAACUGUAAAGUCUGUGGUAAAUCGUUCUAUGAAAAUGGAAUAUUAAGCAAGCACAAGUGUGUCCAUGCAGGGGAGAAGUCUUAUCAGUGCGAUAUUUGUGGUAAGUCAUUUGCUGGGAAUGGUGUCUUGAAGAAACACCAGCAUGUUCAUACAGGGGAAAAACCCUAUCAUUGCGAUAUUUGUGGUAAAUCUUUCUCUUUGAGUCAUCAUUUAAUCAAACACAAGCACAUUCAUACAGGUGAGAGACCAUAUCAUUGCGACGUUUGUGGUAAAUCGUUUUCUGGAAAUAGCGACUUGACCAGGCAUAAACGUAUCCAUACAGGAGAGAGACCUUAUCAGUGUGAAAUCUGUGAUAAAUCGUUCUCUGAGAGUGGUCACUUGACUAUCCACAUACGCAUUCAUACAGGCGAAAAGCCAUAUCAUUGUGACGUCUGCGGUAAAUCAUUCUCUGAAAAUGGAGUCUUAACCAAACACAAACGUAUUCAUACAGGGGAGAAGCCAUAUCACUGUGAUUUCUGUGGUAAAUCAUUCACGCAAAAUGGUGUCUUAACAAAACACAAGUUGAUUCAUAUCGAAGAGAAACCGUAUCACUGUGGUUUCUGUGGUCAGUCAUUCUCAGAGAGUAGCGAAUUAACCAAACACAGAGAAACUCAUUCUUCAGAGAAAAAAUUCCACUGUGACAUCUGUGGUAAAUCUUUCUUCACGGUCAGUCAGUUGUCUGUACACACCCGUAUUCAUACAGGAGAGAAGCCAUUUCGCUGUGAUAUCUGUGGGAAAGCGUUCUCGAAAAACGGUGUCUUGACCACUCACAUGCGUAUUCAUACAGCGGAGAAACCGUACGGCUGUGACAUCUGUGGGAAAGCGUUCUCUCAGAAAUCUAAUCUAACAAGACAUGUUAAUAUUCAUACAGCAUAGUCACUGUAUCAAUGUCGAAAUUUAUUCUACAACAUACAACAGCAAACAUUUUAACAGCAUUUUCUCUCUUUUACUUGUUUCAGUCAUUUGGCUGCGGCCAUGCUGGAGCACCGCCUGGUAUCUUUUGCCGAACCGCUAAGUUACUGGGACGUAAACACACCAGCAUCGGUUGUCAAGCGAUAUUGGUGGGACACACACACAAACACAUACAUAUAUAUAUAUAUAUAUACGACGGGCUUCUUUAAGUUUCCGUCUACCAAAUCCACUCCCAAGUCUUUGGUCGGCCCGAGGCUAUAGUAGAAGACACUUGCCCAAGAUGCCAUGCAGUGAGAAUGAACCCGGAACCAUGUGGUUGGUAAGCAAGCUACUUACCACACAGCCACUCCUGCGCCAAUUCCUUUGUUAUAAUCCUGUUGAAAUGCAUUGUCUUUAUUUCAAUUGAUUUUGAAAGUAAUCAAGAAUUUGGUAUAAAUAACUUUGUCGUUAUUAAGCUGGUGUUUGGAACAUAAAUUAACAUGAAAUUCUGAUGGAGGGUUUUAAUUUGGAUCACUUUAACCCUUUUGUUACCAUAUUUCUGUUUGAAAUACUUUACCCAUCAUCAUCAUUUAACGUCUGUUGUCCAUGCUGGCAUGGGUUGGACGGUUUGACUGGGCUGGCAUGCUAUAAGGCUGCACCAAGCUCCAGUCUGAUUUGGCAGGGUUUUCUAUGGCUAGAUGCCCUUCCGAGAAGGUAAUGGGUGCUUUUACAUGCCACCGGCACAGGUGCCAUUUGCGUGACACCAGUAUCUGCCGUGACUGUGAUUUUGCUCAGCUUGAUGGGUCUUCUUCUCAAGCACGACAUAAUGCCAAAAGUUUUGGUCAUUGCCUCCAUGAGGCCCAACACUUACAAGGAACUGUUUCAAUUAAUUUUGAAAAUAAUGAAGAAAUUAAUGAAAUAUAGUAAAAUAACUUUGUCAUUAAUAAUCUGGUGUUUGGAACAUAAAUUAACAUAAAAUUUUAAUGUAAGGUUUUAACCAGGAUCACUUUAACCCUUUUGUUACCAUACUUCUGUUGAAAUAUGCUGCUUUUGUUUUACUUAAUCAGAAACUAAUAAAAGUUAGUGAGUUACAGCUGUAAAACAUUUUUUGUGUAAAUAUAUUUUGCUUACAUUUGAAUGUUUAUGAAUAAAUA